AUGCCAAUAUACUUUACCUAUGAUGGAAGGGGUGAGAUAAUAGAUGAUCCAACAAAACAUUACAGGAUUGAAUUCGACUAUUAUCUUUUAGAUACAGUAACCACACCUUUGGAUGAGAGAUUCAGUCAACUGACAUCUCAUUGUGAUUAUUUUGAUUUUCUCUACGACAUCGGCGAGCUGAAGAAUGCACCUCCUGACUGCCUGGACACACAAUGUAGCAACCUCGCAGUGACUUUGCAAGAUCAUGAGUCAAGCGACAUUAAUGCACUGGAGUUGAGGGAAGAACUAAAAGUUCUUUUAACAGUGUUGAAACCUGGAAUAGGUCCAAAAGAGACUCUGAUAGGAAGACAUAAUUUUUGGCCUAAUGUUAACAUUGCUCUGAGAUUUCUCCUAACACUCCCAGUGACAGUUGCCAGUGGAGAGAGGAGUUUCUCAAAACUGAAAUUGAUAAAGACAUACCUCCGAUCAACGAUGAGCCAAACUCGUUUGAAUGAUCUUGCAACAAUAUCGACUGAGCAUGAGCUUGCAGAGGACUUAAAUUACACAGAUCUUGUGAAAGAGUUGGCACAAGCAAAAGCCAGGAAGGUUCGAUUUUUCUAA